GGAACUCUAGCGAGGAACCCUAGCCCUCCAGCGCCGCCGCCGUUCCCAGAUCGUCAGCGCCGCCGCCGUCCCCAGGUCGUCAGCACCGCCGUUCCCAGGUCGUCGAACCCUAACCCAGUAACUCGGCUGGUACUCUUCAUCUUCGCUGGCUUCUCGGCCCGGAACCCAGAACCUUGCUUUCUAGUCUCCCCUUUCAAGUUCACUGCAGAGCGGCAGAGGUUGUGCCAAAGCUCUUCCCAUUCUUCCUUGAAAACCCUAGCUUUCAUCGCGCCGCCGGUGGCCUCACCAUCGCCGCCUGGUUCAUCGUGGUUGUUCGCCAUUCCUCGUGGUUCAUCUUGCUCGAAGGCCCUCCCGUUCGACCAACGCCAACGUCUCCAGGUUCUGCUCUGCUGUCUUCCGUCCGUCGUGUUCAUCGCCAGCUCGCCAGCAUUCGUGGCCAGCUCCCCGUCGUUCGUCGCCAGCUCACCAGUGUUUGUCGCCAGCUUCCCGUCGUCCGUCGCUCUCCCGCAAAUCUCUGGUCACUGCCCUCGCCGAAGAUGGUUUUCAUACAUUUGGCAUAACAAGCACUUGAACAAAUGGGAUCAAGCAGCUUUCUGUGGAAUUUUACCAAAAAGUUUGUCACAUUUGGGAUCAUUACUGUUACUGUAUCUGAUCGUUAUGUAACAGUGGUUCCAGUUCGGGGUGGCUCUAUGUCUCCCACACUUAAUCCAAAAACCAGCUCUUCUGCAGGAAACUUCUCUGAUGAUUAUGUCUUGGUUGAGAAGUUUUGCGUUGACAAAUACAGAUUUUCACAUGGAGAUGUUGUGGUCUUCAGCUCUCCAUUGAAUCACAAGGAGAGACACAUAAAGAGAAUAGUUGCAUUAUCUGGUGAAUGGUUUGGUAGUCGUCAGAACUAUGAUGUGUUGAAGGUUCCAGAAGGACAUUGUUGGGUUGAAGGAGAUAAUGCGGCUUUUAGCAUGGAUUCAAAGUCAUUUGGACCUGUAAGGUUCUCUUAUCACUUAGUUUAAGAUUCCCUUGGGCCUCAUACGAGGAAGGGUGACCCAUGUUGUGUGGCCUCCACAAAGAAUAGGCGCCAUCCAGAGUCCUCCACGAGAAAGAUUAUCUUCUUUAUAGUUGGAUCCUGAUGAUGCUGUUGCCAGGCCUCCUCAGUGCAGAAUUUUGUGAGUAGAAUCCUUCCUGGAGUAUUCUUUUCUCUUCCCUAAUGUUGUUUUAAUCGGACACAGAAACCAUUCUUUGCUCCAUUUGUUUUGCUUUGCGGAGGAGAAUUACUAUAAUUCAUUUGUUAAUUGGAUUAUAGUAUAACCGUUUAACCCUUCAAUUUUUUUAUAUUUAUUUUUCCCGGAACCGAGCAAUUAAUCAAAAUAGAAAUGAGAUGCAUGAUAUGUUGCUCGUUUUUUAGCAGAAGAGAUUAAGAUGGUAAUAUUCAAAAUUGAUACUUCUA